AUGGCGUCCGAGUCCACAUCGUUCUGCGUCUCGUCGGGUCCAGGAGGACCCAAGGUGAGCGCCGCGGCCAAGCCGCACGGCCACGUCGUGCUGCCGGGCCGCGUCCACGACGCGCUCAUCUUCGCGGCGGGCGCCGUGGCGGCGGUGCUCCUGCUCCUGGGGACCGCGUCCUUCCUCUCGCCCACGCCCGUGCCUAACCUCGUCGCGUUACGUUCCCCCGCGGUCUCGGUCUCGGUCUCGGUCUCGUCCGCCGCGUCGCACGGCGUCGCCCCGGGGCGCACCUUCUACGACGACCCGAACCUGUCGUACGCCGUCGGCCGUCGCCACCUCACCGGCUGGGACGCCAAGCGCGCGCAGUGGCUGCGCCUGCACUACUCGCGCGGCCUCAACGCCAGCGGCGGCGCGGCGGAGCGCGUCGUCAUGGUGUCCGGGUCGCAGUCCGCGCCCUGCAAAGGCGCCGGCGGCGACAACCUGCUCCUCCGCUUCCUCAAGAACAAGCUCGACUACUGCCGCCUCCACGGCGUCGAGCUCUUCUACAACACGGCGCUGCUCCACCCGGAGAUGAAGGCGUACUGGGCCAAGAUCCCCAACGUGCGCGCCACCAUGCUGGCCCACCCGGAGGCCGAGUGGAUAUGGUGGCUCGACGCCGACGCCGUGCUCACCGAUAUGGACUUCUCCCUUCCGCUCCACAGAUACAGGGACCAUAACCUCAUCCUCUACGGCUGGGAGAGGGAGGUGUACGACGCCAGGUCCUGGUUGGGCCUCAACGCCGGCGUGUUCCUCAUCCGCAACUGCCAGUGGUCGCUCGACUUCAUGGACGCCUGGGCGCGCAUGGGCCCCGCCUCGCCGGAGUACGCCGACUGGGGCAAGCUAAUCGGGGAAGCGCUCAAUAUCAAGGCCGACAACGGGUCCGACGACCAGGCUGCGCUCGUCUACCUGCUCCUCAAGAACCGCAACAAAUGGGGCGGCAAGACCUACCUCCACAACGACUACUACUUCCAGGGCUACUGGGCGGAGAUCGUGGAUCAGCUGGAUGACAUCGCGGCGCGGUACCUAGCGGCGGAGCGACGCGCGCCCGGGGCGGCGGCACUCCGCCGGAGGCACUCGGAGGGCGAGCACGCGCGGUACGCGGCGGCCAGGAACGCGGCGGUCAAGAGGAGCGUCCCGGGGCCGGCGGGCGGCGGGCAGACCGGCUGGCGGCGGCCGUUCGUGACGCACUUCACGGGGUGCCAGCCCUGCGGCGGCAAGCCCAACGAGAUCUACUCCAAGGAGACCUGCGCCGACGGGAUGCGCCGCGCGCUCACUUUCGCCGACGACCAGGUGCUCCGCGCCUACGGGUUCCGCCACGAGGGACCGCUCAGCGACGACGUGCGCCCGCUACCGUUCGGCUACCCGGCCGCGCGGCAUUGAGGCGCCCUCCCUGCAAAUCGACAGUAGUAAAAAAUAUCUCAUCAAUGAAUGUUGCUCCAUCUCGCUCACAGCAAAUCGACUGUAGUAAAACAAAUCUGAUCAAUCUGGUAAAUACCAGCGAGAGAGAUUUGAGCCUCA